UGGCCAUAAAAGACGGAAAAAUGUUGAGUGCGAAAGACAAACUUGCAUUUAUAGAGAGAAUCUGAUUUAUUUCAAUGAAAUUUCGGCACAAUAAUACUUAUUCAAUAGAAUUUAGAAUAACUAUUGUUUGACAAAAGUAUAGUAAGUCAAAAAUAAUAUUAUGAGUGUUUUAGCUCUGUUCUCUACAAUAAAAAUUUCUAUAUAUAUGCGAUAAUUUAUAGAGAAACAUAACCUCUAAAUAACAAUCAUCAUAAUAAUAACAAACAGACGCGCGGAAAUUCUUAUUAUCAAUAUUUAAGAAAAUUCGUAUGUAUUCCCGAUUUUUAGUAACGGGAGGAGUUGUGAAGGUGAUGCUCCUAAAAUGGGCGAUUAUCGGGCUGGCCUAGAAGAAUUAAAACUGGAUAGUGCACUCUUCGCCAACGUGAAAUACUACGUCAGUGGCGAAGGGGACCCUAAAAUAUUAAGUUUAUUGCAAGAAGGAGGAGCGGAGAGAUCGAAUUAUUUCAGUGAUUUUGUAACACAUUUAAUAGCAGGUUACGAGGCAAUAGAAAAUGAUAUUUCUGCCGCCAAAGAUCUGUAUGAAAUCCCGGCUGUUACUCAAAACUGGGUUGUAUAUUCUGCCAAAUGUCAGAAGUUACUUCCAGUUCAUUACUUCUCCCCGGAAGAUAAUCAACUUUUCUCCAAUGUACAAGCAUGUAUUUCACAAGUAAGUCAUGGAGAUAGUAAAGCUCUCUGGGCUAUGAUAACAUUUCAAGGGGGAAAGUGUCAGCUUCGAUUGGAUCGUUAUUGCACUCACUUGAUUAUUGGAAAGGCAAGUGGCACCAAAUACGAGAUAGCAUCAAAAUACAAUAUUCAGAUAGUCACACCCGACUGGGUUGUUGAAUCCUCGAAAAAAAGGUCUCUCAUCAAGGAAGCGGAGUUUCAUCCACGCCUCUUGAUGUAUCCUUCGCCAAACAGUUCGACUGCAUUAAUCACUGGAUUCAUGGAUGAAGACACACUCAAUAAUUCCACUCAAGAGGAGCAGGAGGAGACGAACGCCGUUCUAGAGCAACUAAAGCAACGCAUGCCUUGGAAUCAACCAAAUUUACCAAACACCGAAGUUUCAACUCCCGUUUUCCAAUCCUCAAAUCCUCGAAAUGUUAUCAAUAGUCAGCAACAGCAGCAGCAACAACAGCAACAACAUUUUGUCCGCUCGGUUGCUGUCACAACUUCCUCGACAGUAAAUCAAAAUUUAAUGAAUCAGAAUUGGAUUCCAUCAAAUUCACAGGCAAAUUUGUUGCAAAUGAAGAGUCCCUUGCAAAAUCAAAUGCAGGAGUUGCAGAAUCAGAUAAGUCAGCAAAUGAACGAACAAGUUAAUCAAAUUAAUCAACAGGUCAAUCAGGUUAAUCAAGUCAAUCAAGUGAAUCAAGUAAAUCAAGUAAAUCAAGUGAAUCAAGUUAAUCAACAAGUCAACCAACAAGUGAAUCAAGUUAAUCAAGUUAACCAACAAGUGAAUCAAGUUAAUCAACUUAAUCAAGUAAAUCAAGUCAACCAACAAGUGAAUCAGGUUAAUCAAGUUAACCAACAAAUAAAUCAAGUCAAUCAAGUUAACCAACAAGUGAAUCAAGUUAGUCAACAAAUGAGUCAGCAUAUUAAUCAGCAAGUAAAUCAGCACUUGAGCCAACAGAUUAAUCAGCAAAUUAAUCAUCAAGUGAACGUACAAAUGCAACAAAUAGGACAGCAGCAAAUUGCCCAGCAACAACUUGGUCAGCAGAUGAAUCAACAGAACUUUUCGCUUCAGAAUCAGCAGCAAACUUUGAUGACUACGCCUCAGCAAAUAAAUACGCAAAUGUCUCAGUUGCAACUUAGUACACAACAACAGCAGCAGCAGCAACAACAACAGAUGAUAGUCGCUCAACAGAAGCAACUAUUGGCCAGUCCGCAAAUUACCCAACAGCAGACUCAGCAAAUUAGUCCCCAGGGGCACUUGACGCAGCAGAUUUCCCUUCAGCAAUUGCAACCCACGCAGCAAAUUCAGAAUCAGCAGUUGUCGGUGCAAGGUCAGCAACAUGGGCAACAAUUGGGUGGACAACAACUUGGACAGCAACUGAGUGGACAACAAUUGGCUGGGCAACAACUUAGUGGACAGCAAUUAACUGGGCAACAACUUAGUGGACAACAAUUGUCUGGACAACAACUUAGUGGGCAACAAUUGGCUGGACAACAACUUAGUGGGCAACAAUUGUCAGGGCAGCAAUUAACUGGUCAACAAUUGUCAGGACAGCAACUUACGGGACAACAAUUGGCCGGACAACAACUUACGGGGCAACAAUUGUCCGGACAACAACUUACGGGGCAACAAUUGGCCGGACAACAACUUACAGGGCAACAAUUAUCAGGACAGCAACUAACAGGACAACAACUGCAAGGCCAGCAAAUAAAUCCAACCCACCAACUAAAUCAAACGCCUCAACAGCCACUAACCCACGAGCAAAGACAACAACUAAUGAUCCUCCAGCAGCAACAGCAACAACAACAAAAAAUCCAGCAAAUAUCCCAACAACUCCAACAAUCAGUUCCCCAAACCUCACAACAAUUCGUCAUCCGCGACGGUCAACUACAACAACAAACACCCGGCCAACAACUAAUAAAUCCAACCCAACAAAGUUUCAUCGUUCAACGAGACCCCCAAUGGCAACAACAACAAUACCAUCUCCAACUGCAACGACAACAAUCCCAACAACAAAUCGGCCAACAACGCCCCGGAGGACAAUGGACCCAACAACCUCCCCAACCCCCGCGACAACUAAUUCAACUCGACGCCCAAACUCACCAACAACUCCAACAAAUGGAUCCCCAACAACGAGCCCAAUUCAUUCAAAAAAUCCAAAAACAAAGAACCCUCCUAAUGCACCGCCAAAUGCACAACCGUCAAGCCCAACAAGGUCCCCACAUCGCCGUAAUUCGAAGUCCCGGAAAGCCCGGACAACCCGGAAUCCAAUGGGUCCAACAACCCAGGCCCCCGAUGAUCGGCCCUCAAGUCGCUCCGGCCGCUGGUCAAAAACCAAUGCACAGUGUUCAACCACCAGCACUCACGCCUAUCAAUACCCCCAAUCAGGUCAUCGUCCAGACCCAACCUGUCUCUCAAGCCUCUCAAGCCACCGCAACCUUCCAACCUGGACAACAAUUAACACCCCAACAAUUCACUCAACUGCAAAUUCAAAAGCAACAGCAGAUGGCGAGACUUCAACUGCAGCAUUUGCAACAACAGCAACAGCAGCAACAACAACAGCAGCAGCAACAGCAACAACAGCAGCAGGGGGCGCAGCAAGAAGCGGCUUUGACGGCUUUACCUGGCAGUAAUCAGAUUUCACCGGAACAACAACUUGUUGUUAAUGCUAAGACAAAGACGGCUUUGGCGAAUAUGCUGACGAAUAGAUUGCAAGGUGGUGCUACGGAGGGAAGUGCAGCGGGACAGUUGAGAUUGAUGACUGCACAGCAUAGACCGCCACCGCCUCCGUCGCAAGAUCCACAGCUCUUGGCUGCUUAUCAGCGGAGAACUCUGGGGAAUAUUACGAAUGGAGCGCCUGUUGGGGGACAGAUUAAGAUGCAAUACACUCCGGCUAUGCCGCAACCAAAGGCGCAAUUUUAUGGGCAUAAUCCGAAUUUGAAACUGCCGCCGGAUUUAUUUCUUCUCGGAUGUAUAUUCGUGAUUGUCGAAUACGACACACAAAAUCCAAAUGAGGUGUCCGUGUGGAAACAAGUGAUUGAAAGACACGGUGGGGAAAUUGAACCACAAUAUUGUGCACGUGCAACUCAUGUUCUUUCCAUAACGCAAAAGCAUCCAAUUGUUAUUCAAGCUCUUCGAGAGGGAAAACGUUGCGUCAGUGCCCAUUGGCUUUCAGAUGUUGUCAAUAAGCAACAAGUGCUUCCACCAUGGCAUGCUCUUCAUUUUCCAACGCACUUCAGUCUCACUGAAUUUCCAUGCAACAAACAUAUCAUAUCGCUGUCUGGCUUCGAAGGCGAGGAACGCUCCAAAGUUAAAAUCAUGCUGGAGACACUCGGCGCUAAACUCACUGUUUACUUUUCGAAACACAAUACUCUUCUUGUUUGCAGAAGACCCGAUGGUGCGAAAUACAAAAAGGCGAGAGAGUGGCAAAUUAACGUUGUAAAUGCCCAGUGGUUAACGGAUUUACUCUGUGGACAAAUGAGUGCUUUACAUCAAAUUGACGCCCCAAAAUAUCAGCAGUUCAGUUUGGGAAAUCCCUUCAGACUGGAUUAUUCACUUGUGCCACAACUUAUGGCUGCCUGGAAAAUGCCAAUAAACAUAACUCAAGAAUCAUACGACAAAGUAAAACAAGUUGGACAAGGACCAAAUGCACUGAGAAAAUAUAAGAAACCUAGAUUAGAUGUUCCAUUAGCAAUUAAGGAUCCACAUUUACUUGGUCUUGACGAGCCCAUCGUGGUCUGUAAUCCCGAUCCUCCGCCACCUGAGAAGCAACCGAGAAUUCUAUUCUCUGGAAUUGAUCCUAGAAAACAUGCAAAGAGAAUUCGAGAAUUGGGAGGCGCAAUGGCUGCAAGUUGGAGAGACGCAACUCACUUAGUGAUGCCUGCACCGAUUCGAACCGUGAAAUUUCUCUGCUGUCUUUCUCGCUGUAAAUUUAUUGUCACUCUUCAAUGGCUUCUUGAUUGUUACUCGAAGAAUACGUUCGUCGAUGAAACAUCCUAUAUUCCUGGUGAUUCUGAGUUUGAGAAAAACUUUAGCUGCAACAUUCAGAAAGCUCUUACCAGCCCUAGUAGAGGAACUGUACUUAAGGGGAAAACUUUUUAUGUGACGCCCAGCGUAAUUCCCGCUCCUUCGUCAAUUGCCGAAAUUAUUGAAAGUGCCGGUGGCGUAAUGGAUAAGACGCGAAAAUCCCUGGCUGCAAUUCAGGAGAUGAACAGUUCCGAAUUGAAUUACAUUAUAAUUACCCAUGAAAAUGAUCUUCAUCUAUUGGCCGACGUGAUGCGGGCAAAUAUAAAUAUAUUUACUGCUGAAAUCGUUAUGGGAGCAAUUGCGCGACAAUGCUUUAAAGUUGAGGAUCUCACACAGUGAAGGAAGUCUCUCUAACUCUCAAAAAAAUAUUUUAAAUUUCUCCCCAAAAAAAAUGAAUUUUUUCUUUUCGUGAAUUUUAAAAUUUUGGUCUCUGGGACAAUAAAGAUAAAAUAAUUUUUACGGUAAA